AUGCCGCGACUCCCUCCAUGGCUUCUCCAGAAAGCCAAGCAGCAAUCGCCUGACCUUGCUGCCCUUCUUCCCGCCUGCAGAGACCUUGCGUCGGCCCGCACCGAAUUCCGCUGGCUGAAAGAGCAUGCCCAGACCAAGGCACUGUCCAAGUCCACGUCCCCGUCCAACCAAGCGCUCGUCCGCGCUCACCGGGAUGCACAUCUGUCCCGGCUAUGUCGCCAGAGAGGUCGAGGAGUGCCGCUGCAAUACCUUCUCGGCUCCCAGCCAUUCGGCGACCUCGACAUCAAAUGCAGGCCUGGCGUCCUCAUCCCUCGACCUGAGACGGAGGCGUCCGUGUGCCACCUCGUAGACCUGAUGAAGAAGGGGAAGCUCCUGAGCCCGAAUCCCUCGCUUCGUCAUGAGGGGUUGAACAUUGUCGACUUCUGCACCGGUACUGGCUGCAUUCCACUGCUCCUGUUCUCCUCUCUGCAGCCGUCACGCCGUCGCUUGACCGUGCUGGGCAUCGAUGUCGCCACCGAUGUCCUUCAGCUGGCCCAAGAAAACCUGCGGCACAACGAGAAGCUGGGAGUCAUCAAGCCUCUCAGCUGUGAGCAGAGCCUACGGUUUGCCCGGGCCGACGUCUUCGACGAUGGCCAUGUGCAAGCCAUGACGGGUACGCGCUGGGACGUUCUCGUCUCGAACCCCCCCUACGUCAGUCAGCAUGUGUGGGAUUUCGGGCACGGCCAGCUGGCGUAUUCUGUCCGCAAGUACGAGCCGAAACUCGCUCUCGUUCCGGCCGAUGACAUUGCAGUUCCUGUCGGCUGGAGGCGCGAGGAUGUCUUCUACUCGCGGCUUCUGGACAUUGCUAUCCUGCUGAAGACAAAGGUCGUUUGGCUAGAGCUCGGUGACGAGGCGCAAGCCCGCCGAGUUCUGGCCGGAUUUGCCACGCGUCUCCUUGCAGAAAAAUCCACCGUCGAGGUCUGGCGAGAUUGGCCCGAUCUUACACCCGCUCCAGGCGAGAAUGGUUACUUGAACAUCACGACGGGCCCUGGUCAAGAAUGGGCCGUUCCCGUGAAAGGCGCCGGCCAAAUCCGAAGCAUUUUCCUGCAGAUGGUAGUUGAAUAG